UCUUCUGCGCGUUUAAGAAGACUUUUUCAAUAAAAAGUCCUUUUCUUUUAAAAGGAAUGAAGAACGGCUUCCUUUUGCUUAAACAUUUCACCAGCAGAGAAGGGCUUUUCUCCAGAUGGAGAAGCUAAUUUUUUCUCCUUUUUUUCAGCUUCAAGUGCUUUUGGAUGAUAAUUGACCAAAUUAUCCUGUCUUCUCCCCAAACGUUCUUUCCCCUCUACUGGUUCCCCAAACGUUCUUAAAAUGAGAACACCAGCGACAGCUGAUCGACGAAGAAGACCAAACUCAGAUUCAUACCAAAACCCAAUAUUACAUUCUUGAUUUGCUCUUUCUCUAUUUGUUAAAACAGUUGAUAGAGAAAAGCUAGAAAAAAUUCUUCUUCUUUUGGACAUGUAUGGACUCUGGGGAUUCGAGCGGUUGAAGCUCAGGAUGAUGGUGGUCAUGCCGUUAAUGCUGGUUUUAUCAUUGUUUGAGCAGAAUAUGAGCUUCUCCUCGCCUUUGAACAGUGAAGGUUUGGCUUUGUUGAGGUUCAAACAGAGAGUGGUAAGUGACCCCUUUGGUGCUUUAUCGAACUGGAAGGAAAUUGAUGGAGAGAUUGAUCCGUAUUCUUGGUUCGGGGUCGAAUGCUCUGAUGAAAAAGUUGUAAUUUUAAAUUUGAAAGAUCUUUGCCUUGUUGGGAACCUGGGACCUGAAUUUGGGAAGCUGGAGAACUUAAAAUCUAUUAUAUUGCGCAACAACUCUUUCUCUGGAAGCAUUCCUCAAGAAAUUGGGGAAUUGAAGGAGCUGGAGGUGUUGGAUUUAGGAUUCAAUAACUUUAGUGGACCAUUUCCAUCUGAUUUUGGCAACAAUCUCUCCUUGACAACACUUUUACUUGACAACAAUGAGUUUCUUGGAAAUCUAGCACCUGAAAUAUACGAGGUAAAGAUGCUUUCUGAAUUUCAAGUAGAUGAGAAUCGGCUAACUGAUGCUGCUACUAUACCAUCUUGUAAAAGCAGUGGUUUCCCCUGCAUUGCUUCAAUAUCAGAUUGUUAUUCAUGUCACAUGAUGAAUGAGUAGUUUUCAAGUUUCUUAAUGAAGUCAAUCAAAGUGGAGAGCAGCAGUGUUCCUAUGAGUUGUAUUUCAUGGUUCACCUUGCCACAAUACCAGUCACUGGGACUGGUAUCAACCCUGCUAGGAGCUUUGGAGCUGCUGUGAUAUACAACAAAGUGGAGGUUGAUCAAAACACUCAUCAUGCAAAGCUAGUAAAUAUCCCAGGAAGCUACACAAAGCCUGUCGAGUAAAAUUUUUUUGGCUAUUUUGGUAUGGUGUUUUUUUUUUAUACAUCUAUGUAAUGCUAUUUUAAUAUAGUUGACUCGUAGGUGUCAUUCUUUGAAGAUUUUUUUCCGAUUUGUACACUUCUUUUAGGAACUGAUCUAGAAAACAAGAAGCUUGACCUUGAAAUCCGAUUUUAUAGUGGUACAAUUUGUAGAUGAAGAUAUAGAAAAUUGUCUUUCCCCUC